AUUAUAAUUUUUAUGAGAAAAAUUAACGUGACAUAGGAUAAUAUCAAUCAUAAUUUAGUACACAUAAGAAAUCACAAGCUGUGAAUUUUGUGAAGGAACUCCUUUAUUUAAGUCCUUUGUCAACAUUUCAAAACAUGAUGCAAUAAGUAAAUAAAUAAGUGAAAAAACUCACAUCUAAGUUUUACACUAUCCUGGUAUAUCUAAUCAUGUUAUGUUUUGUCCACCCCACCCUUGCAUGCCUCCAUGGAUUUUUAGUGUUCUAUUUUUUCAAAGCAAGGCGGAGAGCCAUGUCAUCUGAAGAUCUCAAGGCCAGCGGAGACUCACUGUCAGCAGGGAGGGGAAGGGGCAGGGGGGUAUACAAGGGUCCCUGGGGGGGUGGGGGAACAGGGGGGCUCCAGGACAGGAGGACCAACUCCUCCCCCUCUGUCAACUCACCCGACCCGGCUGCAAAGGAUGGUGGGAAGACUCCAGAGAAGCCACAGCUGAGAAGACCCUUCCCACAAACCAUCAGAGACCACAGCAUCAAGACUGAUGAUGAUGUGGACAGUACAGAUAGCAGAAGUACAGACACUGAUGACACAUCGGUCAGUUCCGACAAGAACGCGGUCACUUCUUCAAAACUGUCCGUCCACGCUGCAGAGUUUGUACCCAGAACUGUGGUCCAGACAAGGGGCUCUAACUCUGAUAUCAACGCCAUUGAGCACCUGAAGUCCACGCUAACCCAGCUGACAGACAACCCCGGAGACUUCCAUGACCUGCUGGGCCCUCUGUCUGACACACUGAACGCCUGGGUUAGUGACGGAAACACGGUCCUGGAGAUCGUAGACAUCAUCUAUGAACAGGCAUGUGAACAGCCCAACUUCAGAUACACCGGCGCGGUACUUUGUGACCACCUGUCCCAGACCCUGACAGUGACCAGUGAGACAGGAAACUUCCGGCAACACCUGUUGAAACACUGUCACCAGGAGUUUGAGGGUCGAGAGGAGGCCGUACAGGACCGCAGCAGGCUGCCCAGGCUGGAGAGAUACACGCUCUUCAUGGCGGAACUCUUCCUCGCACUGCAGAUCCAUGUGAAUGGUAAGCCACAGCGCAUGGUUAUACUGAGGAAGGCCCUGAGAGAUCUCAUCAACACACUACUGGAUCAUCCUUCUGAUAGUACACUCAGAUGUGCUGCUCAAGCACUCAAGCUGACUGGAGGUGCCUUUGAAGACUACUUGGACCUGAAGGAGGAGAAUGUGGAGGAGAGUAAGAAGGAGAUGGACGAGAUCUUCUCCAAACUUAAGAAAAGUGCUGCUGAAAGGAGAAGUGACAUCAGCAAAAACGUUCUGCUACUAAUAGUGACGGUUGUUGAGCUGCGAGCCAAGAACUGGAACAAGGAGGAGCCAGCCCCCGCCGCGGCGGCCGCCCUGCCCUCCCACCUACAAACACUAGAACCUGUCUACUUUGGGAAGGAUGGCAGGCCCAUCAACCCCACAGACACAGCCUUCUGGGAAGGAGCAGCAGCAGAGGACUACUAUGGUGACUACAGUGACUACAGAGAUUACUACACUGAGGAUGGGGAGGAGGAGUACUAUGAUGGGUCAUUCCCACCCUUUGAGCUGGAAGACGGAAGUGAAAUGGACGAUGAAGCUGCGAUGGCCUUUGAAGAUUUCCUUCGGGACAGUGAACAAAUCUAACUCACCAACAACAGGAACUCUUACCAUGCUGAUAGACCACGCCACUCUCAUUACCUAACUGUAGAUAAUCCCUCUUCUAAACCAAAAAGUAGAAAUCUGACCAAAAAAUACUAUUCUUUUGGCAUGUACCAAGUUUUGUACAUCAAAAAGUUUAUGGUUUAGGUACUGCGAAAUAUAUAUUUUACAGUAUAACCCUUUGAUACAGUUACCAGUGACCAACCAAUAUGACACAUUCGUUUGGUUGCAUGCACUUUCUAGUGUUUUUGAGGUGCAAAAUAAAGAGGCAUAUCUACAAUUUAGGUAACGAAUUGGCAGUGAAUUGUAACAGCAGAGUGAAAAUACAUGCAACUGCCUCACAUAGUUAUAGUACUGUUCAUUAUCAUGCUUUAUCUUUGAUGACUGAAGGAGAAAGAAACAAACUGAGCUAUUAUGUUACAAUGUAUAUUCUGAUCAUGUUAAAUGCUACCCAAGGAGUCUUAAACUACUUUAAAACUUGCUUAUCAACAAUAGUCCUAGAAGUAAUCUGAUUUUGCUAUAUGAAGGUCAUCUUGUCAACAUCUAAAUUGUAUUUGGCUGGACAUUUUGUUUUCUCAACUCUUACCUCUGGUCACUCAAAUAUGACAGCUGCUUCAAGGUUCUUGGUGCCAUCUUGCUUCAGUUGCAACAACAUCUAGCUUAUGCCUAAAUGUGCACAUGUAUGCUCUCAUUUCUUCAGCAAGGGUAUUCUGCUUUGUUACAUGUAGACAGGUAGUCUGGCCUUGGUUUUGGUUUUAACAAAAAGGAUAGAGAGGGAGUUGAAAACACAUUCAGAAAAGGAGUAAGUUGAAGUAGUAUGAAUAGGAGGCAUUUGUGCAUGUUUACUUACAAUGAAUGACAAAUGCAUUUGAUUUAUUGGUACAUCAGACUUCAAUGUUUAAGUGUCAGUUUGAGAGUUGGAGAAAAGUCAAGUCUUAGUAGAUCAAUGGUAGGAAGGGAGUGUUACAAAGAGACAGCAGUGUAUACAUGUAUGAUUUACAGUUUGGUCCAAAACUUUUUGGGAGACGGACAAAAAUCCAAGCAUGUGUAGAUGUCAUCCACAUAAUCAAAUCAAAAUGGCCUAAGGAAUAGCAGCACCAUAAUAUAGAGGUAUGUUUCUUUUACAUGCUCAAAGUGAAGCUGGUAUGAUAAGCCAAGGGGAAGUUACACUGACUAUAUACAGAUACAGAUGGUGCUAAGAUUGUACCUGCCGUUAUAUUAGGUCAUAACUGAUUGCACUUCAAUAGCAAACUAAUCUCAGGUCGUAUGAAGCAAACGUGUGUGUUUAGCAAUGUCAAACAUUCUCUGUUGGUGUACAUGUACAUUACUACUGGAAAAACAAAGUUUAAGCACUUUAAAGCAGAUUUGCUACGUCUCAAAGUGAAAUUGACUGCUGGAACAGAUCUGAAGCAUUUAAUUAAUAGUAAUUGAAAUGCUAUGUACAUUUUCAUAUAGACAAGUAUUAUGUUGCACCUUAGUAGCUUAGGCAGUUGGCAUAUUGUUUCCAUUUUGUUAACUUUUUCCUUGUUUUUUACUAACAAAAAAGCAAAGGUAGCAGCUACAUUAUGAUUAUGCUGAGCAAAGAAAUGUACAUAUAGCUCCUAAGUACAGUAAGUGCACAACUACUUGGGACUAUAUAUAUAUGUGAUGUUGGCCUUCAACGCUAUGAAAAAGUACCUAUUUUCUGUUUUUUUUUUGUUCCUUAGUUGAGAUGUUCCUGUCCAUGUCUUGUAUAUAUGUGUAUGCAGAUGACUAUUUCUCACAGUUGUUAUAUCAUUGAUGUUUCUUGCACUAAAUAAAAAGAAGAAAAGGCUCUA